UGGAAUCUGCUUUAGCCAAUUGCAAGCUUAUCGGUGAGCGCUCCCUCCUUCGCCCGGAUGUCAAAGGUCCUGCCUCCUCUGGUCUCCAAGGGCAUAAGUUUCAACAAGAAGAGCCCGGAAUCCGUGGACAAUAGUUCUUCUUCAGUCAUUGAAGAAAAAAAGAAACAUGGGGAAAAAACCAAAGGGUCUGCGAUUGUUCCCGACCAGUCAGCUAAUCCUUUCCAUGUGUCUGGGGACCUGGAUUUCUUCUUGCUCAGACACCAGGAGCAGAAUAAGUCUCUAUCAGAUCGGGAGCAGAAGAAGAAGCAGCGGGUGCACGAGAAGAUGACCUACUCGUCCAACGUCGCGGCCAGGCAGGCCAGCCUGCGGCGCGAGCUGCAGCUGGAGGACGAAGUGGCGGAGCAGGGGGCGCGUGCAGAGCAGCUACGCAUCUUCCACGAGCAAACGGCCUGGAAGCUCUCCAUGACCCGAGAAAGGAAGAUGGAACCUGAUGACAUACACAGCUACAUCACCCAGAAGCGGCAAACAUUCCUCCUCCAGUACGCCCUGGAUAUGAAGCGGAACGAGAUCCAGCGGCUGGAGAGGCUGGCGGCCAAGGAGGAGGCCAAGCUGGAGCGGGCGGAGAAGUUUCUGGAGAAGGACGCUGCUCGAUUUGAAGAGUUCCUCAGGGAAAACGACCGCAGCUCCCUGCAGGCCCUGAGAGCGGCUGAGAAGGAGACCAGAGCGAAGAUGGAGACGAUCCUGGAGAUCCGCGAUCUGACCAACCAGAUCACGAUCGUCAAGAGUGAAAUCUCCAGGUUUGAAGACACUCUGCAGCGCUACAAGGUCUACAAGGAUUUCCUGUACAAGCUGUCGCCCAAGGAGUGGCUGCAGGGACGGGAGAGAAAGCGCUCAUCUCUCACAAGCACCAGGGAGGCGGUCGAGGCCUCCGAGGAGAACGUGCUGUUCUCUACACUCGGGGACAAAGGACCAGAGAUCAAGGGCCGGACAGAUCUCAGAGGUAUGUGGCUGCCCCAGGUUGGAGGGGCCCUGCUCCGGGCUGGGGCAGAUGGACAGCCCUCCUCUGCUUCCUCCAGAGGAGCAGGGCCCAGAGAAGGCCACCAAGCUCCUGCAGGUGCCGCAGCUGAGGCAGGUCCGGCCCAGCACUGUCAGCCACCAGGGGGGCCCCCGGCCCAGUGGGCCUGGCAGGCUGGGCCCCAGGUGAGUGGGCUUGGUGGGGGGCGGGUGAUGGAGGUGACUGGCCUGCUGCGGAGCGGCCCCCAGUGGCUCCGGCCAGAGGCACCCCAGCCGGGGCCUGGGAGUGUGUUAGCUGUCGGCGUGGGCCCUGCGCUGUCAUCUCCGUACUUCACGAUGCUGGGGGCCGAGAGGAGCCCAGCGCCACCUUCUCGGCAACUUGAGGGACAGAGGAGGGGGCGAGGGGCGGGCGUCACGCCCUCAGGCCUCCCUGACCCCGUGUCUCCGCAGGGCCUGUUCCACCCUCCCCGUGCAGGAGGACCCAGACAGCGACGGGGAGGUCAGUGCCCGCUCUGGGCGGGGGCCGCAGGAGCCGGGCCCGCGCCGUCCAGCAGCUCCACGUGGCUCUGGUUGCAGGAGCUGCAGCUGUACUUCACGGAGCCCCAGCAGCUCCUGGAUGUCUUCGUGAACCUGGAAGAGCAGAACCUCUUACUGGUCCAGAACACCCAGGAGAUGGAGGAGGCCUUGGAAGAGCUGAGCUUCACCCUGAAAAACACCCAGAUCCGCAUGGAGCGGGAGGUCAGCCAACUGAAGCAGUGGAUCAGCACGCUGAUGAUGUCCGUCGCCAGGGAGGAGGAGGCAGCCGCGGAGCUGGAGCUCAAAGCUCGCAUAUUCCAUUUCGGCGAGUACAAGGGUGAUCAGGAGGACAAGCUGCUGGAGAGCCUGAACCGCAAGGUGCUGGACGUGUACCAGCACUGUGUCGGCAGCCAGCAGGAGUCCAGCCUGGGCACCGUGAAGAUGCUGGCCACCAUCGAGCACCAGCUGAACGAGCUGCUCGAGAACCUGGAGCGGGUGCCCCAGGUGAGGGUCGAGCAGGCCGAGAAAGCCAAGGAGAAGGAGCGCCAUUUGAGACUCCGGGAAGAGAAGCUAAUGCUGCAGAAGCAACUGCAGGAGGAACGUGUACAGCGGGCCCGGGCCCGGGCCCAGGCCGAGGUCAAGAAGAAGAGGGGCAGGAGGCUGGUGUGCCGCUCGCGGCCACCUGCCCUGCAGAGCAAGGAGGCGCCCAGGCACGAGCUGGUGGACAAGGACCAGGUGGAAUGGCUGUUCUUCUUCACAUAGCCCACGGGCCACCUGCUGCCUAAGGAGAAGCAGAGGCGGCGGGGCUGACGCCCCAGGACACGCCAGCACUGGCACCACGCCCCCCGCUCCCACGCUGUCCCUUCAGUCUCACACGAAAUAAAAGCUAUGUCGCUCUGGUACCUCAAGGCCUGUUUCAGGAGGCAGACGCUCUAGCAAAAUGUCAGUCUCCCCUCGUUCGUCAUCUAAAUCAGCGAAUGAGAGAGGAGCCCAUUUUGCAUGUCCAUUCAAUUAGCUGCUGAGACAGAGAGUUCCUUCCUAAGGUGAGGGCUGGGAUAAACCCCAGCUCCAUCCUGAGACGAGGUGUAGGAUCCAACCGGUUCCACCCUGAGGUGAGGUGUGGGAUAAAACCCAGAACUACCUGAGCCGAGAUGUGAGACCAACCCCAGUUCCACCCUGAGGUGAGAUUUGGCAUCAACCCUAUCUCUACCCUGUUGUGAAAUGUGGGAUAAACCUUAGCUCCAGCCUGAGGUGAGAUGUGGGAUCACCCCUAGUCCCCACGGAGCUGAGGUGUGAGAAUAACCCGAGUUCUACGUGAGAUGCGUAUGGUGAGGUUAAACCCCGUUCUACCCGAGGUAAGGCGUAGAAUCAACUAGGGUGAGGUGGGGGACCCCCUGCAGCUCCAUCCUGAGGUGAGGUGUUGGGUCGCACACUGUGCCACCCUAGCUGGAGGAGGUGUGGGAUCGGCCCCAGCUUUUCACCAUGGUGAGGCGUGGAAACAGCCCAGGUUGAACCUGAGUUGAGGUGUGGGAUCCACACGAGCUCCACCCUGGACAGAGGUGUGGGAUGAACCCCUGUUCUACUUGAGGUGAGGUGUGGGAUUAACCCCACUUCAACCCUGAGGUGCGGUGUGGGAUCAACUACGAUUCGAUCCGGAGGCGACGUGUGGCGUCAAAUCCAGUUCUAACCUGAGGUGAGGUGUGGGAUCAACUCCGUUCCCACCUUGAGGUGAGGUGUGGGAUCAGUCCCCUCUCUCUGUGAGGUGAGAUAUGGGAUCCACCCCGUUUCUCCCCUGAUACGAGACGUAGGAUCACCCCCAGCUGCACCCUGUUUGACAUGUGGAACCAACCCCAGUUCCACACUGAUAUGAGGUGUCAAUCAACCCUAGCUCCCCACUGAAUGAGGUGUUGAGUCAACCCAGAUUCCACCCUGAGGGGAGCUGGAUCCGCUGCAGCUCUGCCAUGUGGUGCGGUGUGGGAUUAACUCCAGCUCACUUGGAGGUGAGGUUUUGCAUCAACCCCAGCACCAUCUGGAGUUGAGGUGUGAAAUCAACCCCAGUUCCACCUGAGGCGAGAUGUGAGGUCAACCAGAGUUCUCCGUGGGGUGAGAUGAGUUAAACCUCAGUUCUACCUGAGGUGAGGUGUGGAAUCAACUGCAGUUCCGCCUGCACUUGAGGUGUGGGAUGGACCCCAGUUCUACCCUGGGGAGAGGUGUCGCAUCAGCUCCAGCUCCACCUGCAGGUGAUACGUGGGAUAAGCCCAGUUCCCCCUUGACGUGAGGUCUGUGGUCAAUCCAGUUUCACUCUGGGUGAGGUGUGGGAUCACCCCAGGUCCAUCUGUAUGUGAGACAUGGUUGAUUGGCCCAGAGUGAUCGGGCAAGACCUGUCUGUUGGAUGGAGCGGAAUGCAUAUACAUAGAGUAUUUAUUGCAGACAUUGAGUGUGCCUGGAUUGAAUGUUGAAUUAAAAAGUUUUCUUUCUAAAGAGUAAAAAUUGGAUUUUGCAGAAUGAGUGUAUCUGAGAAGUUGGUUAUUUGCACACAUCCUCUGUAAACAGCGGUUUUUAAAUGCACACAGUGAGGGUGCAAGUAGGCAUACCUGAACGGUAUCGAGUGAGUCAUAAGGCGUGAAGGCUGGCUUGCACAGAGUGUGGGUGCAAACAGUGGCUGUUGAAUAAGUCCUGAGACUCCCUCUG